AACUGCUCCGUUUCAUCAGUGCUUGCUCACUCCGCAGUGUUGUUCCUGCCACGCCGGUACGUCGGAGUCUUCUCUGGUUUUUUACACACGUUUUCGGCCACAUUUAAGUCGUCAGGGUAAGCCAUGCCGUCAGUUCCCUCGUCCAAAGAGACCCCCGUCAAGGGCCCCGUCUGCCCCCACGCUGCCAAGAUGCUCAACCACACCAAUGGAGAAGCCAAACUCCGGGAGGGUUCCUUCCCACUGAACGGGGUUGACAAGCUGCCCGCGGUGCUGGACACCGAGGAGGCCAACAGAGCCCUUCAGAUGAACACAAAGAACGCUGCAGUUGAGAGGAAAUGGAUCCGGCCCGACCUGCCCAGCCGCUGCAAAUGGAGCCUGGGAGCCUCGAAAGCUGACUCCCCUCAUACACAAAUUCCAAGAACGGUUACGCCAACCAUUCUUCCAAACAUCCUGCAUAGGAUUGGUGAGACUCCCAUGGUACGCAUCAACAAGAUCCCCAAAGCGUUUGGACUCAGAUGUGAAAUAUUGGCCAAGUGCGAGUACUUCAACGCUGGCGGCAGUGUCAAGGACAGGAUCAGUCUGAGGAUGGUGGAGGACGCUGAGAGAGCUGGCAUCCUCAAGCCUGGAGACACCAUUAUAGAGCCCACCUCUGGAAACACUGGUAUCGGAUUGGCUCUGGCUGCGGCUGUAAAAGGCUACCGUUGCAUCAUAGUCAUGCCUGAGAAAAUGAGCAUGGAGAAGGUGGAUGUCUUGAGAGCUCUCGGAGCCGAAAUCGUCCGUACGCCCACCAGCGCUCGCUUCGAUUCGCCAGAGUCGCACGUUGGUGUAGCCUGGCGCCUGAAGAACGAAAUCCCCAACUCGCACAUCCUGGACCAGUACCGUAACCCGAGCAAUCCCCUGGCUCACUACGACACCACAGCCGAAGAGAUCCUGGAGCAGUGCGACGGUAAAAUAGACAUGCUGGUGGCAGGAGCAGGUACAGGAGGAACCAUCACAGGCAUCGCCCGCAAACUAAAGGAAAGAUGCCCCAACAUCAAAAUCGUUGGUGUCGACCCAGAAGGCUCCAUCCUCGCUGAGCCUGAGGACCUUAACAAGACCGAUAAGACCCAGUACGAGGUGGAGGGCAUCGGGUACGACUUCAUCCCCACCGUGCUCGACAGAUCAGUAGUUGAUACCUGGUACAAGUCCAACGAUGAGGACUCCUUCAACAUGUCUCGUAUGCUAAUCAGAGACGAAGGCCUGCUGUGUGGAGGCAGCUCUGGAACGGCCAUGUCAGCAGCAGUAAAUGUCGCCAGAGAACUGAAGGAAGGUCAGCGCUGUGUCGUCAUCCUGCCAGAUUCCAUCCGCAACUACAUGUCCAAGUUCCUGAGUGACAAAUGGAUGGUCCAGAAAGGCUUCCUGAGGGAGGAGGACCUCAUGGUGAAAAAACCAUGGUGGUGGAACCUGAAGCUGCAAGGCUUGAACCUGUCUGCCCCCCUCACCGUCCUGCCAACAGUCACCUGUCAGAAGACGAUCAAAAUCCUCAAAGAGAAGGGUUUCGACCAGGCGCCCGUGGUGGAUGAUGCUGGGUUAAUCCUGGGCAUGGUGACAUUAGGGAACAUGUUGGCCUCUAUUCUGGCAGGGAAGAUCAAGCUGUCAGACCCAGUCAGCAAAGUACUCUACAAGCAGUUCAAACAGAUCCGUCUGACCGAUAACUUGGGAAAGUUAUCCCGUAUUCUGGAAACUGAUCACUUUGCCCUGGUGGUGCAUGAACAGAUUCAAUACUUGACAGACGGCUCUCCCAGUCUGAAGCAGAUGGUCUUCGGGGUGGUCACCGCGGUCGACCUACUCAACUUCGUCACAGGCGUGGAAAGGAGAGAGCGGUCCCUUUCAGAGUCCACUGACGAGCUGUGACAUGCAGACUGAAACACACAGUACACACUUGUACAUUUCUGACACUAGCAUAAUAAACGCAAUGAGGAGUUUAGUAGAAGUGUCUUAAAGAGGGCAAAAUAUGAUCUUGUGAAGUUUUGAUUUAGGUUAGUUCUUUUUUUUUUCCACUUAAAAAAAGAAAUGAAUAGAUUUUUUUUUUUUUAUGUUUUGGACUUGAGUCUUAAGGUUCAAUCAAGUGAUGGAUGGAUGAGAUGGAGCCUUUUAUGCCAGUCAGUCAACUUGUGAUAUUGUUUGAAGCCGUUGAUUAUUACUUAUUAUAUCUGCUUGUAGUGCUCAAAGCAAAUCUUUUAUAAGUUUAUAACUUUUAGAAAGUUUUUGUUUUAUAUUAUCUUAAAUAUUGAGGCCUUUGUGUUGCUUUUUUUAUUUGUCUGAAAGCUUCAUGAUUGUUUCACUGUGGCCUCGUGCGUCAAUCGAACAUUAGAAAUAAGACAUAGAUUAGUCUCAAUUAUCUUGUUAAUCAAGAUUAGACAGGUUGAUAUUUGCUGUAUAUAAGUAAGUGCUGCUUUUUUCAUUUUUGUGUGUGUGUGUAUACACAAAAAAAUACACGUGGAAUAUAAUCAAAUUUCUUGCACACAAUCAUGUGGCGUUCUCUGCUCUUUCAGUGACAGUGGUGUGACUGUAAAGUUGUCUUGACUAUUUAAUCGUAGCUGUGUCUGGAAGAAAUAUUUUGUAUUGCAUCAUUUUACCUUAAUGAAUGUGUAUGAUUUUAAAUAAAGUUUAAAGAGAUUCUGUA